CAAAUUUUGUAGCAAACAAUUUUUAAAAAAUCUUUCAAUCACGUUUCUUUCUUAAAAAUUUCAGGAAAUGUUAUUGACAAAUAUCCGAUUUGAUGUUUAGAUGCAUGGAUGGAUAUUUGUAUAUGUUGACGUCUUAAUAUUGAUGAAGCAGAACAUGGAAACUUUCACAGAGGAUAAAAGAAGAAGAUGAAGAUACAAAGAUGGGAUAUAUCAGUCUAAAACAUAUUGGACAUCAAAUAGAGAUUGGCCAUAACAUCACAUUCAGAGUGAAGUAUAACAAGAAAGGAAAUUACAAACCAGGCGGAAUGGCCAUAAAUUUUAGACAACAGAUGGGUGAAAGGAACGAUAUCAUUCUGCAUUUCAAUCCACGGUAUCCAUCAUUUGAAAUCGUUUUGAACUCUUUCGUUAAUGGAAGGUGGCAAAAAGGAGUUUCCACUGGUGCCAAUUCGAGCGUAUUUUCGGAUGAGUUUACGUUAUCAUUGGACAUCAAAGACAGCAGAACUGUCUUGGUGAGAGUCCAAGGCGGAAUAUUGACGACUUAUACCUGCCCUCUUGAUAUAACCAAUACUGAAUUCAUAGAGUUUUCUCCUGAAUACAGGAUUACCGAGGAAUUAAAGGCAAAAUUGUAGUAAUAUAGAAAGAUAAAGAUGAAAACUUUAAAGGGCUGGCUGGUUUUGCCCAUUUUUAGACUGUUUUGAUCUCCUUUAGAAGAAUAGCUCCAUAAAAUGAUGAAUUUUUUAACUAAUAUUUAUGAAAUUUAUCUAUGCCAAUUAAAUGAUAGUUGACAGCUUGAGAUAUCAUGGCUAUAAAAAAUUAUACCUGGUGGUUAUUAAAAAAAUAAUAAAAAAAAUCUUUUGACCCCCUAGCCUUCAUAAAUCGUUGAGUUUUUAACGAAACUGUAUACAAUGAAAAUGUAUCCACAGUCACUG